AUGUUUUCAGUGUUUAUUAAGAUAUAUAUUGUUAGGAGACCUAGUUAUGUUUUAUUCAUUUAUCUUUAUUUCAGUUUCCGGUUCGGCGAUGAAGGUUCGGUUCGGUUGUUGGUUGUCACAUUGCUCGUCUUACUUGGUGUAGCUUACCAUUAUGUCAAGAAACUUUACGGUGUUUUCCUGUAUACUAAAUAUAUGAGACCAUUUAUUGGGAAAUAUAACAGAUAUCGUACGCUCAUCAUCACGAUUUUAACAUGUCUUGUAGCAGUAGCUGUAGUAUUGUUUAUCAUCAUAGACACUUCCCUCAGACGUCCCGCGUCUCUUGUUAGCGGCGUGGGCAUGAUCAUCUUCACAUUGCUCAUGUUCUUUCUUUCCAAAGAUCCCAGACAGGCCCCCAAAAAUUUGUUUUGGGAUAAUUUCAUGGAUCACUUUUUUGCAUUUUCUGUUAUGCCAGUCAUCAUUUUCUUCAGCGCGUCUAUCGGCGUUCUUUAUUACCUCGGUGUUAUACAGCUUCUUAUAGAGAAGAUAGCAUUUAUAAUGGAGUUCAGUUUAGGAACUGGUGCUAUGGAAUCACUCCAUGCUGCAAUCAAUAUAUUUGUCGGCUGGGCUGAAGCAAUAACUGUUGUACGACCUUUUCUGGAAAGUAUGUCAAUUUCCGAGUUACAUACAGUAAUGACAAAUGGGUUUGCCACUGUCGCUGGAAGUACACUUGCUAUCUAUAUAUUAUACGGGGCUCCAGCAAACCACCUGAUUUCAGCGUCUGUAAUGUCGGCACCAGCUGCACUAGCCAUGUCCAAACUCUUCUAUCCAGAAUCCAAAGAAAACCGACAUCGUCGUGUAGAAACUGUUAAAUUACAGCGAAUGGGUACAGGUAUUAUAGACGCUGCAUCUGUUGGAGCAGUAAGUGCGAUCUCCAUUGUUGCCUACAUUCUUGCCAGUGUCAUAGCUUUCUUCUCCCUGCUAGAAUUUCUCAACGCAACCCUUCAGUGGUUUGGUGAGAGAGUAGGUCUAUCGCCACCAGAUUAUCCUCCGCUCUCAUUUGAGUUGAUUUGUUCCUAUUUAUUCUGGCCAAUAGUCUUCCUUAUGGGCGUGGCACCGGAAGAUUGUCGAGUUGUUGCUCGAAUGGUCGGAAUAAAAACAUUUGUAAACGAAUUUCUGGCUUAUGAAGACCUCGGUAAUGUAAGGCGUAAUAGAAUUAACUUAAUAAAAUAUCUUUCUGGCGGAUAUAUCAGUGGUAAUCAAGUGGGAAAUGGAAUUACCAACAACUGGUCAAAUAUAAGUCUUCAGAAUUUAACAGUCAACACACAAUUUAACAAUUUGUUGACGAAUGGUAGUGCGUAUGGUUGGUCAUCGAAUGGCUAUGAUGAAGUUGUACUACAGGGAACAAAUAUCACACUAAAAGGUGGAAUAAUCUCAGAGCAUUCGGAGAUGAUAGCAACAUAUGCUUUAUGUGGCUUUUCCAAUGUUGUAGCACUUGGAAUCAUGAUUGGUGCCCUAUGUGCUGUUGUUCCCGACAGGAAACAAGAUAUUAUGAAGGUUUCAGUGAGGGCACUUAUAUCUGGCAGUAUGGCUUGUUUUAUGACAGCGUGUAUAUCAGGUUUGCUCGGCGACAGAUGAUGGACCGCCGUUUGGAUCGAUUCAACACAGAAGUUUUUCAUCUAACAACAUAUGAAACUAUAUUAAAGGAGUGGUUCUUUAAAGACAUUUUACAGUUAACAGGCUUAUGACGGUAGCCAGCUUAGUGUUUGAUAAUAUAUUACCAGAAGUAUAAAAUAUCAAAACGAGACAGUUGUUAUAAUCUAUAUCUAUCUCACACAUCUCCUUAUUAAACGCUAGACCAAUAUCAUCCAAACUGUACAGGAAUGUUCCUCGGGUGGUCACCUUUGGAAGUUGUUCAAAGAAUAGAAUUACACGCAGAACCCUGUUUGCCGUUUCAACGGAAAGAAAAAAAUGAAAAAAUCUUUGAAAACCCUAAAGAGCUUAGAUAUUUAUCAUGAAACAUCUUCUAGUGGGUGUCUACCAAGUUUGUUCAAAUAAAAGCUCUGGUGUCAAAAUUGGCCCCACCGAAGGGGGUAUUUGAUUUUCCUUAUAUAGUAAAAACUAUAAAAAAAACAAACCUCUAAAUCUACAAGAGCUAAAGCUUAGUUUCCAUAACAACUAGUGACAGUUUCCAUAGCAACCAGUGACUAUUCAUAGCAAACUGCAAAUUUUCGUAGCAACCAGCAGACUUUAAUUUUCCAUAUUAACGAUUGAAUCUACCAUUGAAUUCCAUCUGCUUUCAUUUAUAGUUUACAAUAUUACUUGUUCCUUGUGAUGAAGAAUAUUUAUAUUCAGGUGAGCGAUAUUAGGGCCAUCGUUGCCCUCUUGUUUUAUACAGUGGUACCAAUAUAUGCAUUAACAAAACGCACUACUGAAAUAUGUAUGUAACAGUUCACU